CCGCGGUGCCGUGAGGUCCCGCCUCUGUCUCCUCCCCGCGCUCGGUGCGGGGCCCGCGGGGGGACUGUGCGCGCCGCCUCCGCCCGGGGCCGCCAUGGAGCCCGAGGCGCUGCUGGAGGCCGCGCGGGCCGAGCUGGGGGCGCGGCGGCUGCGGGCGGCCGAGGAGCUGUACGGGCGGCUGCUGGCCCGGGGCGCGGGCGCUCAGCUCCGCGCCACGGCGCUCAACGACCGCGGGCUGUGCCGGUACCUGCGCGUGGAGUUCGCCGCCGCCCUGCAGGACUACACGGCCGCCAUCGAGUGCCAGCCCGGCUUCGAGGUGCCCUACUACAACCGGGGGCUGGUGCUCUACCGGCUCGGAUGCUUUGAUGAAGCCAUGAAAGAUUUCAGGAAAGUAUUAGAGUUAAAUCCCCAGUUUGAAGACGCCGCCUUGAGUCUCAAGCAGGCUGUUCUUGACAAAGAAGAAAAACAAAAGCGGGGUUAUUGAAAACAUGGCUAGUGGUGUGAAAAUGUUUUUCUAAACGUGUGACUUUGGUCGUUGAUGGAUGGAAUGAGAUCAUGGAUAUUUGUUAGGACCUACUGAAGAAACCUCGUUCUUAGGUAAAUAAGUUAAAAUGGAUUAUGACUGAAGAAUAAAUUAUUUUUGGAUAUUUUUAGUGUUGAGAAAAAGUAUUAUGUUAGAUCUGUGCAAGAUGCUUUUACAGAUUUUGUACAGAAGGACUUCGUAAAGGUGUUGGAAGCUCAGUAACGGCUAACGAAGCCUGUAGUCCCCUUAUUAAAACUGCUUCUGUACUCUUGCAUGCAUUGUUUUAAAGUCGUGGGGAAGAAAAACUAUACAAAGCAUUUCAAUUCUUAAGAUUGGAGGUUGUGAGAGAAGAGCAGUGAUAUAAUACUGAUGGUGUUUGUCUCCAUUUUAAGUACGCGUUUGAUUUAUGCUAAAAGUGCAGUUGUUAAUUCUGAGGUUUUGUCCUUGAUGCUACGUAACUGAUUUUCUUUUCAGUACAGAGUGUUUCUGUAUUCAGAAACACUUAAUGAAACCCAGAAGAUGUUUUCAGGUAACGCCAGCUGUGCCUUGCAGGAGGAGCGUGGUAUAAGCAUUUAGUCCAUCAUGAGUUCAUUCACUCCUGGGGGCAGUUUAACACGACGUAAUCAAGUAGGAACAGAGCAUACCUAUUUUUUGUAAUUGUGUUGUGAAAGCAUUGGGCAGAUUAAUAAUUGAAUUAAUGAAUGUUUUCUCAUGAUUAUAAAGAUCUUGUGGUAGUGAAGGUAGUGGAGCUAUUCAGAGCAGGGGCUGUGGCUUUCUCCUUUUUAUUGAAACACACCAGGUGAAAUCUGUCUGAUGGAAGCUUCAUUUCUCCCCUGAAAGGAGGGACCGGUGCCGAUAUCUAUAAAUCAUCAAUAAGAAACACCCUUGCUCGUUCAUAGCAAUACAAGUUUAAUAAAGAUUGUCUGCGUGAGCAUUACAUUAUUUUUUUAAAAUAAAUGAUGCUAAGGAGGGUUCUGCUUCUGGUUGAGUUUCUUCAUGGAUGAUCCUCAGGCUGCACAAGUGCAGGGCUCGCUGAAAGUGGUGGAACCCUUUCGGGUAAGUGAUGAGAACAGGCUUGAGCCUCUGAAUAUCUUCUCUAGGAGCCUUCCUGAGAUCACUUUUAGAUUUGGGAUAAAACUGCGACAGCUUCAUUGAGCAAAUCUGGAGCACGGGGCUGAGCAAAUGCUGCGUAUACCUCUUACGCUCCAUGACGCUUCGCAGCAGCGAUUUUGAAGUUCUAUAAAUACAAUGCAUGAUAGCAGAAUGCAGCCAUAUACAGUUUGGAAAGCAGACUGUCAUGUAACUGACCUUUUUUUUUCCCAAAAGUGUAAGUUUUUACUUUUUUGGAUAUAUUAAGCACGUGCUUUGCUUCCAUUUUUUUUUCUCCCAGAAGAAAAAGGCUUCUCAAGCACUGGAAGUGCUGCCCAGGGAGGUGGUGGAGUCCCCAUCCCUGGAGGAGUUUAAAAGGCGAGUAGAAGAGGUGCUCAGGGAUCUUGUUUAGUAGUAGACAGACAUAGUUGGACUUGAUGAUCUCAGAGGUCUUUUCUAACAUAGUGAUUGUAUGAUACUGAUAACACUGAAUUUAAGGACUUGGCAUAUUUCACACCACCUCAGUCUCAAAAACUGAUCAAUCACACUGACUCUUUGUUGAUGGUGAGAAGGUGAGCUAGAACUAAACAUGUUCCUGACUUAUCAUGCCAAGAAAAUUAAAGACGUGAGCAGUUGAACACCGCCUGUGAAUUUUUUCUUGAGAGAUCACAUCUAUUUCUGCACAGAAACUGUUUAGCCAGCAAGAUACGGACAAAAAAAAAAAUACAAACAGCAAAUAAGUAUUCUAGAAAACAAAGCUUGUGUUGCUUUGUGGAUGUUGCUCAGUUGGUUAUGAUGCAUCCAUUGUUGGCACAGAAAUAUUUCACUGGUCUGGGAGCAGUUUUAUAGCAGAUUCUCCAGUCUUUCCUUCUCUCUGCCGUAAAAGCAUGAACUGUCACAGGGCAUUUUGGCUUAAAUUGGAAUUCUUUCAGGGUAAUUUUGACCAGUAAGGUUCUCGCACACAUUUUCUCCUUUCACGUGCAUGAGUCACUCACUUCUUUGGCUUUACAUCACAAGACUAAUCGGCAUUUUCGGUCUGAAAUUAUGAAAUAGUAUUGUGUACUGUUCUUUUGCUCAGGACUGUUGAAAGGCUAUAAACCACCAUUAUCACUAUAAAUCCCCCCCCAGGCUUGAAGAGGAGGAUGUGUCAAAUAACUUCCCUUGUCCUGCGAUUUUCCUGUUCAUAAUCCUUUCAAGAAUUAAAAGUCUAA